CUAUUUUUUUCAACUUCCGAUCGUGCCGCUAGAAGGCAAUGCGAGCGGCAUUGACCAACAAUGCGCGGCAGCUGACUAUGCACAUCUCACACUAUAACCUCACUCGUUUUCGGCCAUCUGUCGUCAUUACCAGUUCAUCUAGCGACACAUAAACAUGGCUAAUAUGAUAGGACCUCCCGCCAAGUGUGAGUUGCGAAGUGUAAUUCGUUUUUUGCAAGCUGAAGGGUUAUCCGCAGCAGAAAUUCACCGUAGAAUGAAACGAGUAUAUGGUGAAAGCUUUGAGUGACAGUGCAGUGCGUGAUUGGUGUAGGAAAUUUAAAGAUGGACGAGUUGACAUUCAUGAUGAAGGGGGCCAAGGGUGACAACGCCCGUCCUCACAGUGCUGCUGUGACGAAGCGUCUUCUUGACGGGUUUAAAUGGGACGUUUUUGACCAUCCGGUGUAUAGCCCAGACUUAGCACCAAGCGACUAUCACCUUUUCCCGGAACUGAAGAAAAUGCUAGGAGGGCAGAGCUUCCGAACAGACGAUGCGCUGCAAGAUGCUGUGAAAAACCAUCUCAAAUCACUGGCGGCUAACUUCUAUGAACAAGGUAUUAAGAAGCUUGUACCCAGGUAUGAAAAAUGCCUCAAUCUGAAUGGUGACUAUGUUGAAAAGUAACUAAUAAUGUAAAUAACUUUUGAUAAUAAAUUCAUUCAAUUACUCUCACUAGUUUCUUUUUUAUACCACAUCGGAAGUUGAAAAAAAUAGCCCUCGUAUAU